GCAAGCAACCAGGAAACGAAUGGCGGAAAUAUAGAUCCAGCUCACUGUUCCAGCUCACAAUUUUGGGACAUACCUGGGUUGUUUUCACUGGAAAGGAAAGCCCAGCCGAGUCGACGGCAGAUGUCUUCAUCCGAACACAGUGGACGGUGUUGAAGAAACGAUGUUGUCGCGCUGAAUCCGGCUGGCGGGAUCGGUAAAGUGAAUGGACGGAUGGGCAGCCAAUGAUCCAGCUGAGAGUGUCCUGUCACCGACAGCCUGCCACAUCAAAAACACCGACAUAUGGCCCUGCUGCUCAGCUAGCUGAAGGAGACGCAACGCCAGCAUCAUGUUUUUUAAAACGUCGUUCACCACCCUGAUUGUCGGGGUUUUUGUGGUCUACGUGCUCCACACCUGCUGGGUGAUGUACGGGAUCGUGUACACCAAACCCUGCGACAACCCCAAAGGUGACAACUGCAUCACACCCUUCCUGGCAGGGAACCCCAAACUACAGUUGAGCAUCUACACUGCCCUGCAGGCAAAUGCAGAAGGAGGCCAUACCCUGAUCCACAAAGAGGAGAACUUUGAUGUCAACAACAAGUUUGAGAGGAUAGUCAAUGUCUCCCUUCCUAAGAAAACCCGUAAUAAUGGAACCUUACAUGCACUAAUAUUUGUCCAUCAAGCCGGCGUCAGUCCGUGGCAGGAUCAACGACAGGUCCACUUGGUGGCUCAGCUCACCACAUACAUGGUCCCUAAACCGCCUGAAAUCUCUCUGAUAUCUGGAGAGGCUCAAACACAGGGUCAGAAAGAAGAAGCCCAGCAGCAGAAGAAGCAGCAUGAUGGUAAACCUGCAGCAGGCAGUGGAGCCAGAGGUGGAGCCGCUUCUACGUCAGAUCAUCCAGUCUCCCACUGGCGCUCCCGCCUAACGCUCAACAUCGUCAGCGACCACUUCCGGUUCGACAGAGAAUACCUCCCCAGUGAUGUCCACAGAUACCUCAGAGUAUUCCAGAAUGGGAAGAAGAUGGUGUAUCUACCUCUGCUGUUUGUCGACGAGCUCAGCAACCGGGUCAAGGACCUUGUGGAGAUCAACAGUACCUCCACGGAGCUCCCUCUGACUAUCUCCUACGACUCCAUCUCUCUGGGGAGGCUUCGAUUCUGGAUCCACAUGCAAGAUGCUGUUUACUCUCUGCAGCAGUUUGGUUUCACAGAAAAGGAUGCUGAUGAGAUUAAAGGGAUCUUUGUUGAUACCAACCUGUACUUCCUGGCUCUGACCUUCUUCGUAGCUGCCUUCCAUCUCCUCUUUGACUUCCUGGCCUUCAAAAAUGACAUCAGCUUCUGGAAGCAGAAGAAAAGCAUGGUGGGAAUGUCCAGCAAAGCAGUGCUGUGGCGAUGCUUCAGUACCAUCGUGAUUUUCCUAUAUCUGUUUGAUGAGCAGACGAGCCUGCUUGUCCUCAUACCUGCUGGGAUCGGCUCGAUCAUUGAAGUGUGGAAAGUGAAGAAGGCCUUUAAGAUUCAGGUUUUCUGGAAAGGAGGCAAACCAACAUUCCUUUUUGGAAAAUUAGAUGAAUCAGAGAGGAGAACAGAAGAAUAUGACACUCUGGCCAUGAAGUAUCUGUCGUACCUCCUCUACCCGCUGUGUAUUGGAGGAGCGGUGUACGCUCUGAUAUUCCUGCGAUAUAAGAGUUGGUACUCGUGGCUGAUCAACAGUUUGGUCAACGGUGUAUAUGCCUUUGGGUUCCUCUUUAUGCUUCCUCAGCUGUUUGUCAACUACAAGCUGAAAUCUGUGGCCCACCUGCCCUGGAAGGCCUUCAUGUAUAAGGCGUUCAAUACCUUCAUCGACGAUGUGUUUGCCUUCAUCAUCACCAUGCCAACGUCUCACAGACUGGCCUGCUUCCGAGACGAUGUGGUGUUUCUCAUUUACCUUUACCAGAGAUGGCUCUACCCAGUGGACAAAACGAGAGUAAACGAAUAUGGAGUUUGUUAUGAUGAAAAACCCAAAGGGAAGACUCACAGAGACUAGAAAGGACAGAUGGGCUUCCACGAUCUGGACUCUGUGGGUAUUGUCUUGUUUCCACUGGUAUCACCUGACCUGAGUUUGCCAGUCUUGUGGAAACAGUUUUUAUUUUGGGUCAGUUAGUUGUAAAUGGACCAGCUGCAUUAACCUUCUCCUGACUGUUUCACCUUGUCACCAAGUGUUGAAAGGGCAACAUCUGCUUAUCUGUCUUUUGCAGCCUGGAGAGGUAUUUGAUGUUUUGCUGUGUGUGAUGGGACACGAGGAUCAAUAAGCUACAUCUGUGACCCUUUUAAACUGACACAGCAACCAGGAAAAAUUGUGUGUGUGAUUAGUGUGAACACCUCCUCAUGGCCUGAGAAUAGAUCAGACGUUGCUCACUUCUGGUAUGACAGACUACACCGAUGACUACAGUAGCUUCACUAAAGUAGAUAUUGGUGGCAGCUUUUCUGCCAUAAAUUCUACUCUUCCUUUUUAAAAAAAACAAAACAAAACACCCAGUCAUGUUUGUUGGAACGAGUCCAUCCUUUAAUAUCACAGACUUUUGUUUUUAGUUUCUAACUUGGAUGUCUGCAAAUACUGACUUUGUUGUGACAAACUGCCGGAGUAAAAUGUGAUUUAUUACACUGGCAGGGAUUCACAGUUAAAGCUGAAGCCACCUCUUGAGAACCAUUGUAAAAGCUGUACUGUCUGGAUUUUAAUUGCCCUGUCAGAAACGCGUUUUUAUCAUUUUUAAAGGUUUUUACAUUUACAAAUUUCCUUUCACUGACAUUUUGAUAAGAGACUGGUUCAGUCUGCUUUGAGAAACUGAUGCAGUAUAUGUAGGCAUUGUAGAGCUGCUUUGCUCAUCUGAGGGGCUUUAUUCAUCGAGGCUACAUAAUCCAGCUGCUUGUUGUAAACCUGCCAGAUACCGCAACCAGGAUGACUACAAAGUUAGCUUUCAUGUAAACUCAAAAUGUGACAGCACGGCUACACAGAUCGCGUGUUUCGUCUAAAAUGGCAUUAUAUCUUUUCAAUUUGGGUUUACCUAACCUUGAACAAGGGACUUCAGCAAAAUGUGAAGCCUCCCUGCUUGUUCGCUUUUUCAAGUACUUCCAUAUUAUUCCAUAAGCACUAGGUUUGAUAUGUCAGAGCUGUCAAAAACAUCCAUUCGUAAUUAUAGCUUAGGUGCUGAAGUGAAAGCUAUUUACAAGUCAGAAACUGGUAAUCAAAGCAACUCAAUAUGACAUGAAAGCUGCAUUAGGCAAAGGUCGGCGGUACAGAAACAUGAGUGGACGUUUUAUAGCUCAGUUAAAUACACUUUUCCAGAAAUUAUAUGAAAUUAUGCUAAUUGCGUUUAAAGAUUUCUCACUAAAAGGGCUGUCAGAAAGUAUCAAUGUGUAGAUAUUUCAAAAUUUUAAUCUGAAAUUAUCGUGUUGUAAAAGUUGGCAUAUGUCAGGUCUGGGACAAACUCCAGAACGAUGCUGCUCGAAUACACUGUAUAUAACAUGCUUACAAACUAAUGCAGUUGCAACCAAGGCAAGGGGAACUUCAGACGUAACAGAGGAGUCAGACAUUAAAAACAUCACUUUAAAGAAUUUUACUGUUGAAGCAUGUAAUGGUACAAGGUUCUAAUUAGUUGCCACGGUGAUGGCAGCAUCAUUAGAGAAUCUUCGGCUGCAUUAGAGGCAGAGAAGGAAUGUGAAGAAUGUGAUUUUUUUUUUUUUUUUAAUUUUUUGGGCCACGGAGACGAUAUGAAUUGCCUGAACAUUCCAGGAUGUGUGAAGUUGAACUGUGUGUUUUUCCUGCUCCGUCUGAUGUUAAAUGAAACUGAUUUUAUUACACUGUAAGACAACUGGAUACAACUGUACUGUCUUUUCCAUCCAUUCUAGUUUUCUAGUUUUACCUGUCUGAGUAUUUCUUACAUAUCAGGGCCAAGAAAAAAUGUUAGUGCCAAAUGUGAGAAUGUUUGUAUGUUCACCAUAAAUGAUCCAUCUGAUGUUUUUAAAUAGACACUGACAUUGUGGGGGGAAUAGCAAUGCUAAGACAAGAGUAUUACUACAUCUGGAUUUACAACUUCACAUUUUGAUUUCUUUGCUAAUGUUAUGCAUUUUUAAAUUAGAAACACUCUACUUCAGUCUUCUUCAUGUUCAGGUAUCAGGAUAUAUUAGAUCUGUGUACAAAGAUACAGCGCAGGUUUUCUGUUCCUGAGUAAAUGAAGCCAGGAUAGAUUUGCCAGAAAUUUGCCUUGAAAUGGUUUUACUUGUUGUAAAGUUUGUGUUUUUGAUUGAGAUGAAAUAAAAAUGACUGACUUAACAUGUU